UCUUGUUCCGUCCGUCGCCAGUGCAAAUUCAGCUACCGCUUGUACAGAAAGUACGCCUAAAAAUGCCGAGCAAAACACGAUCUCGUGAAAGAACCUCCAAAAUGAAGAACGCUAAACCAAAUAAGGGUGCAAGAAGAACGAUGAGAAAGUUGAAACAUAAUAUUACCGUAUCACCACCAAGCGGUCCGGAAGCAACAGAAUACGAAGUGAAUUCUUCCAACUGUUCGGAAUAUUUCUCAGAAAAGGAAAAUGUUUUGUCCGUUAAUGAACAAAAAGCGUCCACCGAUGAAAACAGUAAUAAUGUCCAACGACCAAGAGGUCAAUAUCUUUUGAAACAGUUGUCCAGCUCUUUAAGCCCCAAAAUGACUGAAAUAAAUACGGAUGCGGAUCGUCGUGUUAGCCGAUACGGUCGGCAUCAAAAGCAGAAGGACAAUUCAGACUACGUGCCAGUAGAUCUGAUGAAAUAUGUUGCCAAUUCUCCGCUUAAAAGCAAACAGAAAGUGGAAGCUGCCGAACAGGAGAAUUCAGUGUUUCAAAAAUUAGAACAAACGCCACCAUCUGAAGAAGAUACCUCUGGCCGGUCUGAGACACCAAACGUGGAUAAAAAGGUGCUCAACAUGGACGAAAUCAAGAUUGUUAGCGCAGACGAAAGCAAUGCAGAUACAAGUACAAGCAAUCAUACUUUUCUGCACGAUUUGGUCGUUCGUAAACGGUCGUCGGAUGUUGACAGUGCUAAGGGAUCUUCAAUAGAUCUAGGUAAUGGAUACCGUGCGGGGACUAUAUACUGGGGUGCACAGUCCAAGAAGGUUAUUCACUGGCCCUGUAUUGUUCGGGUCGAUCCAGAGACCGAACGAAUAACGCGUGUUCAUGGAGAUAGGAUGACGGAAAUUCACGUAAGUUUUUUCGCAGAUAAAGGUCGCCGAGGCUGGAUCAAGGAAAACUACAUGGUGCCAUUUGAAGGUAUGGAAAGUUAUUGCGCAGAGGCAAGAAAUCUGCGUUAUGGAAAGCAGGUCAAACAAGCGCUCAGGGCAAACCUGCAAAAGCGAUGGAAAAUUGCAUGUAAUUCAGCCGAAAAAUAUUUUGCUAUGCCUGUUGACGAGCGCAUUGCAAAGUAUGACGAUGAAGUAAAAUCGGAAAUGUUAACAUUGAAAAUAACGCGGCAUCGCACCGCGAUACGCGCGGGCAAAGUAACUCAGCAAGCUGUGUCUCAAAUGCCAGAAACAGUGCAAUUCAACUAUCAGACCGCAUCGUACAAGAGAGACCGUUCAACAUCACCUGAAAGUCCUGCAUUCGAAGCACUGCCGGGCCUCACUUCACCAGGAAAUCCGGUGAAACGAGUCAAAUGCUCCACGCCUUCAAAAACAACCGGUCACUACGACAGCAGAAUCGAUCAUUUCUUACAAUCAUUGGACAGUGAGGAAAUUAAUACUGGUGAACCAAACAGGCUAAUGGAAACGGCAUCUCCAACGGGCGAAAUGAACACGGAAUAUGAAGAUAUCUUGACAUUUGUCCGGUACUACAUGUUCGAUGGACGCCCGAAUCACGAGAUAGAGGAGAGCCUACAAUUUCAUGUGCGAAGUAUAUGCUGUCUCAAAAAUGUCUCAUCCAACCGUGGUACGGAACGCAUCGCCAACCGACAAAGAUUACAAGCGCUACGAAACACGUUUGAAAAGUUGGGUCUCAAACCGUUGGCAGCCGAUGGCAAUCAAGGGGUGAUUGCAAAAAAAUCCAAACAAAGCCAAGUGUUGCAAAGCAUUAAGAAAGAACCACAGUCUUUGGAGGACAGGUUCAUUUUUCAGCUGGAUAAAAACAUUCUCACCAAAGGAAUUCCGAAAGGAUUUGUGUGCUAUCUGUGCAACCGGCCCAACAACGUUACCAGAUGUAGCAAAUGUUUCCAGCAUGUGCAUUUGCUAUGCUUGACCGAUGAUGCGGCGCAGGUGGCCAAACUGCAGGAACAAAUUGACGAGAAGCGUUUCACGUGUGCCAUAUGCUCUACGACCGAAAUGGAUGGGAAGAAAUGUUUUAUAUGCAACGAUGGGAACGAAGAAACGAUCGCUGAGGAAAAAUUCCGUUGUACAGAGAGCAAAUGUACGCGCGAGUACCAUCUUUCCUGCUUACGGCUGUUUCCGCAGUAUCGCGUCGUUAGUACCAACACGAUUGUCUGUCCGUACCAUGUUUGUCAUACGUGCGUAUCGAAUGAUCCGCGCAAUACGGCAUCAUUAGCGAAAACGGCACUGAUAAGCUGUGUAAAGUGUCCGGCAUCAUACCACCCGGAUGCUAGAUGCAUACCGGCCGGAUCGGAAAUACUUACCACCAAACAGCUGGUCUGUCCCAAGCACAGUGUCGAGCAGAUAGCACUAAAUGUAAAUUGGUGUUUUAUCUGCGGCAUAGGAGGUGAGUUAAUAUGCUGUGAAACGUGUCCGUUCGCAUGCCACCAGGAUUGCCUUCCAUUCAGUCCACCGGCCGGGAAGUAUUUUUGUGAGCAGUGCGAAUCUGGACGAAUGCCCCUUUACAACGAGAUAGUCAUCGGUAAGAUGGGCGUAUUUCGUUGGUGGCCGGCGCUAACAAUGCCACCCUCCGAGAUACCGCAGAAUGUACUGCAAAAGCCACACAAACCAUGGGAUAUAUGUGUAAAGUUUUUCAAUUCCUAUGAUAUGGCUUGGCUUAACCGCAAACGAAUGUACCUGUAUCAGCACGAAGAUUCGGAAAAUUUGGGCGAAGGAAGAGCGGGAUCAUCGAUGGAUAAGAAAUAUCGUUUGGCUAUGAUCGAGGCCAGUAAGAUCUUCCAAAUACUGGAAUCCACCAAACUGCCACGUCCGUAUGGAAGCGUAAACAGCUCUAAGGCCGCCCCAAUUUAUACAAAGAUAAAGUCCAACCGAUACGUUCCCCCUUUAAAACAACCAUCUGUCAAUCGCCGCCAGCUGGAUGGUAUUGAAGAUUCGGUGUGCCGAUGCCAACCGCACGAUGAUGAUCCUUGCGGUCCAACAUCAGCGUGUCUGAACCGUGCAAUCUUUAUGGAGUGUAGCGCGAAAACCUGUCCGGCAAAGGAACGCUGCUCAAAUCAACGGUUCACUAAACGGAUGUAUCCCGCGCUGGAGGUGCGCAAUUUCGCGGACAAAGGUUAUGGUUUGGUGGCACUGGACGACUUGCAAAGUGGACAGUUUGUUAUCGAGUAUGUGGGCGAAGUGAUAAAUUCGGAGGAGUUUGAUCGACGCGUUAAAACGAUGCAGACAGCGAAGGAAGAGAAUUAUUACUUUCUUACGGUCGAACCAGACCUAACAAUUGAUGCCGGAUCGAAAGGGAAUAUGUCGCGUUUCAUUAAUCACUCAUGUGAGCCGAAUUGCGAAACGCAAAAGUGGACGAUUGGCGAAACGCGCGUCAUUGGCUUGUUCGCUAUUACUGAUAUAAAAGCGGGUGAAGAACUGACCUUCAAUUACAAUUUAGAGAGCUUGGGAAACAGUAAACGUGCAUGCUUGUGCGGUGCACAAAAAUGUUCCGGUUAUAUUGGAGAAAAGUACCGCCCAUCAAAAAAGGACGACGUUGCAUUCGGUAGAAAACCGAGAGGAGACCUUGUUAAAGGCCGAAAGAAAAUCGUUAAAGUUAGCAAAGCGAAAAAAGCAUCCGUUUCAAGCACGAUCGCAGAAGGCAUCAAUUCCACCGUCGACAUCCAACCAGCAGACAACGAUGUGGUGGUAGUGCCUGCGCCACCCUCCACAAUAGUUGAUCUAAUUGAUGGUAGCGUUCCUGUAUCAUCCAUUGCAUCAAAUCCAACAAUCGUUAUCAAGUCGGAGAAGGUGGAUGACAUUUUUUGA